AUGACGACUUUUACGAGAAUCCCAGAGGACGAGACGCCUUCAAUCAAUGUAGAUGUUUCUAGGAGGUUGUCAAAGAUUGAUCCAAAUAUCUAUGGAGGUUUCACCGAGCAUAUGGGCCGCUGCAUCUAUGGAGGCAUCUACGACCCAGGAAACCCUCUCUCAGAUUCCAAUGGGUAUCGCAAGGAUGUCCUCUCAGCUCUCCGAGAGCUGGAUAUCCCCGUGAUUCGGUACCCAGGAGGGAACUUCGUUGCUACCUACCAUUGGCAAGAUGGUGUUGGACCAAAGGAAAACCGACCAGCUCGGCCAGAGCUUGCGUGGCUUGGGACAGAGACCAACGAGUUCGGCACGGACGAAUUCAUGCAUUGGCUGGAAGUUCUCAGUGAAGGGCGGGAAAAACGAGUAGAGCCUUAUUUCUGUCUGAAUUUUGGGACAGGUACUCUUGAUGAAGCUCUGGCUUGGGUUGAGUAUUGCAAUGGUACCAGAAAUACUUACUAUGCCAAUCUGAGGAGAAAGCAUGGGAGGGAAGAGCCAUAUAACAUCAAGUAUUGGGCUCUGGGAAACGAGGAUUAUGCAAAGCAAGCUGCACAAUGGGCCAAGGCUCUCAAGUUACUUGACCCAAGUCUGUGCUUGAUCCUCUGCGGAGAGACCGGCCAUUCAUCCUGGGACCAUGAGGUUCUCAAGGCGUGUAUUCCGUAUGUCGACAUGCAUAGCAUCCACAUUUACACCUGCUCGAACGACCAUGUUCCCAACGCCGUGGCUCCACUCUCCGCAGAACGAGCCAUCGAGACUGCCGCGGCCCUUAUUGACAUCGCCCGGAUCGAGAACAAGAUCCCGCCCAGUGUCGCCCCAACGAAGAUCUGCUUCGAUGAAUGGAAUGUCUGGGAUCCGGUCCGUGCCCCGGGCGAGCAGGGAGCCGAGGAGCUGUACACGCUUUCUGACGCCCUGGCAGUGGGGGUCUGGUUGAAUGUGUUCGUCAGGCAGAGUAAAUGGGUGGGUAUGGCCAACAUUGCGCAGACCGUCAAUGUUAUCAGCCCCUUGAUGACAACUAAGAAUGGGAUUGUCAAGCAAGCUACGUGGUGGCCCCUGUUGCUCUUUAGCAAAUACAUGAGGGGCUGGACCGUAGGGGUGCACGUCAAGGGCGGGGCAUAUGAUGGAGUGACGCAGCCGGCCUGGCUCCAGGGAGUCUUGGAACAAGGAGCAAGCUGGCUGGAUGCCAGUGCUUCCGUCAACGAGGAUGGGGUGGUAAGCCUGGUAGUUGUCAAUAUCAACGAGACUCGAGACUAUGAAGUUGAUCUGACAGGUGUGGGGAAUGCCACGGUCUAUACCGUGUCUGGACCUAGUGUCAAAGCUGUGAAUGCGGAUGGGAAGGAGGAGGUUGGCGUGACGGAGACGAAGUGGGACGGCCAGGGGAAAUUCAAGUUCGCCAAGCACUCGAUGACGAUGCUGAGAUGGCAGACCGGGCAGAAGGUUAAGGAUGUGUCGAAGGGGGAUGGUCUCCGAUUAGACACCAGGAAGAUGGCAUGGGAGUGA